ACAUUUUGAAGAUUUAAAAAGUUUAUGAUGCAUUUUUAGCUGAAUUUCCAUUAUGUUAUGGUUAUUGGAAGAAAUAUGCUGAUCAUGAGGCACGCCUUAGCUCGGUCGACAAAGUUGCAGAGGUUUAUGAAAGAGCUGUUCAAGGAGUUACAUACUCUGUUGACAUGUGGUUGCACUACUGUGUUUUUGCCAUUAGUACCUAUGGGGAUCCUGACACUAUCAGAAGGCUAUUUGAAAGAGGAUUAGCUUAUGUUGGAACUGAUUACCAGUGCUUUCCACUUUGGGAUAAAUACAUCGAGUAUGAAAUUUCUCAGCAAGAUUGGCCAUGUGUUGCCAAAAUUUACACACGGUUAUUGGAGAUCCCGAAUCAGCAACUAGAUCGCUAUUUUGAAGGAUUUAAGGAGUUAGUAGCCAGUCGGCCUCUAUCAGAGUUGCGACUCCUGAGGAAGCUGCUGCUACAAAUUCAGAAGCUGAUGAUCAAAAUGCUGAAGGAGAAGAUCCUGCAAAUGGUGCAGAACAGACUUCCUUUCAACACAUCUUGUUACUAA